GAGAUUACAGUUAGAGAUUUCCACAAUAACGUCACAUCCUUUUUCUCUUCUAUGUGUUACCAAAAUUCAUUUAUUUUAUUCCACACACUCAGUCCCUCUCAUUCCUUAACUUUUGUUUUUGUUUCUUAGAAGAAAUUGCAAAAGUUAGAGUUUCCAUUCCAACUUCUUUCUUCUUCUUCUUCUUCCUUCAUCAAACUAUGUCUGUAAUGCUUGACAAUUGUGAAGGCAUCUUACUUUCUUUGGACUCUCACAAGUCUGUACCUGCCCCUUUCCUCUCCAAAACCUAUCAAUUAGUCGACGACCCCUCCACCGAUCACAUUGUCUCCUGGGGCGAAGACGACACCACUUUCGUAGUCUGGCGUCCUCCCGAGUUCGCUCGCGAUCUCCUUCCUAACUACUUCAAACACAACAACUUCUCUAGCUUCGUUCGUCAGCUCAACACCUACGGUUUUAGAAAGAUUGUGCCAGACAGAUGGGAGUUUGCAAAUGAGUUCUUCAGAAAAGGAGAAAAACAUUUGUUAUGCGAGAUUCAUAGACGAAAAACUGCUCAGCCACAACUGCCUUACACCCAUCACCAUCUUGGAAACAUUAACGGUCCUAGUUUUUUCCCAUUUUCGACACGAGUUAGCAUCUCGCCGUCCGAUUCAGAUGAGCAAAUCAAUUGGUGCGACUCACCGCCAGUGCCACCGAGGGCUACGGGGACAGGUGGAUAUUCGGUUAUGGGAAGUGGAAUUAUUAGUAACAAUAGUAGUACGAGUAAUUACAAUAUGAUGAGUUCGGUGACAGCUUUGUCUGAGGAUAAUGAGAGGUUAAGAAGGAAUAACUCUAUGCUGAUUUCGGAGCUUAGUCAUAUGAGGAAACUUUAUAAUGAUAUUAUCUAUUUUGUUCAAAACCAUGUGAAGCCUGUUUCUCCUAGCAAUUCUUUCCCUUCUUUACUUCUCUCUCAUCAUCCUUCUACUACUAAUUCCCAAAAACCCCUUAAUCAUUUUCUUGGGAUCUCUCCUCCUAAUACUACUUCAACUACUACAAAUCACUUUUCCGUUCCUGGUACUAUUGUUACAACUCACUUUGUGAGCUCUCCAACUGCAACGUCUAAGAGUGCAGUUACGGAGCUUGACGUUGGAGAAGCUGAUAACAAUAGUUGCAAAACCAAGCUGUUCGGAGUGGCGAUUUCAUCAUCUAAAAAGAGGAUGCAUCCUGAUACUACUACUAAUUAUGUUUCUAUUUGUUCCAAUGUCUCAGAUACCAACAAGAAUUCUCGCUUGAUCUUGGAAAAAGGUGACAAUUUGGGGCUCAAUCUUAUGCCUCCUUCCACCUCCUAGUUGUUCCUCAUCCUAUCCAAUACUCUCUUUUUUAUCUUUCUUCAAUUCUCUCUUAAGAUUAUUCAAUUUUUUAUUAUCUUUUUUUAUUAUUCCCUUUCUUUUUUGUUAUUUUUGAGCGGAUCAUAUCGGUUCGAUUUGAGAACUGUUGGAGUAUUUCGUGUGGGGGAACUUGUGAAUGGUGUAUGUGAUUAUCUUGUACAUCUCAAUCUUUGUUAUUCUAAUGCUCACGAAAGAUAAUUAAUUAAAUUUGUGGGUGGGUUUUUUCAGUA